GCCGGGUCUGCCUUCCGCACCUCUCCGCCGGUGCGUCCUUGCCGCGCCACCUCGGUCCAGGCCGGCCGUCCCCGCCUCCUCCGGGGGCUGGGCAAUGGGCGGGGAAGGGGACCUGACAGUCUGCCUCUGCCGGCGCCGCGCUGUCCUCUUAGCCCGGCCGCCGCGGAGGACGCGCCGCGGAGCCUCGUCGCGUGCGUGGAGUGGCCCGGACCGAAUUGGUUUGGAAAAGCCAUUUGACCCUGAAAUCGCCAAGAACUCUCCAAAAUAAAACACAAGAAGCACACUCAAGGCAGCACAUGAAAGCAGGAAAUGAGAAGGGGUUACCAGUCGCAUGGAGGAACAGAGAGCUGCUGGGUCUACCCACCAAUCUGAUUGACUUGCUCAGGGAAGCUCAACCAUCUAUCUCCAGAUAUGUCUUCAGAAAGUAAAGAACAAUAUGACCUUUCACCCAAAGACUCAGCUGAAGGAAAUGACAGUACUCUGUCUGGAAUCCCUGUGGGGCCUCAAAAGGAAUCGAGUACUGACUUCAAGAAAUUUGAAACCAGUGAUCAAUGCAGACCUCAUCCUAGGAUCCAUAUGGAACUUCGAGAAAAAUCAGAUACUAACUUCAAGCAGUUUGUCAUCAAAAAGCUACAGAAGAGUUGCCAGUGCAGCUCAACCAAAGUCAAAAAUACAGUUUUUGAUUUUCUUCCUGUUUUGCGAUGGCUCCCGAAGUAUGAUCUAAAGAAAAACAUUUUAGGAGAUCUGAUGUCUGGCUUGAUUGUGGGCAUCUUAUUGGUGCCCCAGUCCAUUGCUUACUCGCUCUUGGCUGGCCAAGAGCCUAUCUACGGUCUGUACACAUCUUUUUUUGCCAGCAUCAUUUACUUCCUUUUGGGAACCUCCCGCCACAUCUCUGUGGGCAUUUUUGGAAUUCUGUGCCUUAUGAUUGGUGAGGUAGUUGACCGAGAACUACACAAAGCUGGCUAUGACCCUGCCUAUGUUCCUCCUUCUUCAGGAAUGGUUUCAAAUGGGAGCACAUUAUUAAACCAGACAUCACAUAGAUUAUGUGACAAAAGUUGCUAUGCAAUUACAGUUGGCAGUACUGUAACCUUUAUGGCUGGAGUUUAUCAGGUAGCGAUGGGCUUCUUUCAAGUGGGCUUUGUUUCUGUCUACCUCUCAGAUGCCUUGCUCAGUGGAUUUGUCACUGGUGCCUCCUUCACUAUUCUUACAUCUCAGGCCAAGUAUCUCCUUGGACUCAGCCUUCCUCGGAGUAACGGUGUGGGCUCACUCAUCACUACCUGGAUACAUAUCUUCAGAAACAUCCACAAGACCAAUCUCUGUGAUCUCAUCACCAGCCUUUUGUGCCUUUUAGUUCUUUUGCCAACCAAAGAACUCAAUGAGCACUUCAAGUCCAAGCUUAAGGCACCAAUACCCACUGAACUCAUUGUCAUCGUGGCAGCCACAUUAGCUUCUCAUUUCGGAAAACUGCAUGAGAAUUACAAUUCCAGUAUCGCCGAACAUAUUCCCACUGGGUUUAUGCCACCCAAAGCACCCGAUUGGAACCUAAUUCCUAGUGUGGCUGUUGAUGCAAUAGCUAUAUCUAUUAUUGGUUUUGCUAUCACUGUGUCACUUUCUGAGAUGUUUGCCAAGAAACAUGGCUACACAGUCAGAGCGAACCAGGAAAUGUAUGCUAUUGGCUUUUGUAAUAUCAUCCCUUCCUUCUUCCACUGCUUUACUACUAGCGCAGCUCUCGCAAAGACGCUGGUUAAAGAAUCAACAGGCUGCCAGACUCAGCUCUCCGGUGUGGUGACAGCCCUGGUUCUUUUGUUGGUCCUCCUGGUAAUAGCACCUUUAUUCUAUUCGCUUCAGAAAAGUGUCCUUGGUGUGAUCACAAUUGUAAAUCUCCGGGGAGCCCUUCGUAAGUUUAGGGAUCUGCCUAAGAUGUGGAAAGUCAGCAGAAUGGACACAGUUAUCUGGUUUGUCACUAUGCUCUCUUCUGCACUGUUAAGUACUGAAAUAGGCCUGCUGGUUGGGGUUUGUUUUUCUAUGUUUUGUGUCAUCCUCCGCACUCAGAAGCCAAAGGUUUCAUUGCUUGGCUUGGUGGAAGAGUCUGAAAUCUUUGAAUGUGUGUCUGCUUAUAAGAACCUUCAGACUAAACCAGGCAUCAAGAUUUUCCGCUUUAUAGCUCCUCUUUACUACAUAAACAAAGAAUGCUUUAAAUCUGCUUUAUACAAAAAAACUCUCAACCCAGUCUUAGUAAAAGUAGCUCGGAAGAAGGCAGCAAAGAGAAAAACCAAAGAGGAAACAGUGACGUUCAGUAGUGGAAUCCAGGAUGAAGUCUCGGUGCAACUUUCCCAUGAUCCCUUGGAGCUGCAUACUAUAGUGAUUGACUGCAGUGCAAUACAGUUUUUAGAUACAGCAGGGAUCAAUACACUGAAGGAAGUUCGCAGAGAUUACGAAGCCAUUGGCAUCCAGGUUUUGCUGGCUCAGUGUAAUCCCUCUGUGAGGAAUUCCCUGGCCAGGGGAGAAUAUUGUAAAAAAGAGGAAGAAAACCUUCUCUUCUAUAGUGUGUAUGAAGCAAUGGCUUUUGCAGUCGAAUCUCAGAAUCAGAAAGGAGUAUGUGUUCUUAAUGGUCUCAGUCUUUCCAGUGAUUGAGAAAGUAGAUGGAAGAAAAAAUAAUGGCUAAUCAAUUGUUCAGAAUUUCAUGUGCAAUGUUUUCCACUGUGGAACUGGAAAAUGUUGCACACUUGAAAUGCUCGCCUAUUGACUAGAUCAUCAGCUUUAGACUCUCAUGGCCUUUGUAUAGACUCAGAUGCAGCAGAGCUUGUCACGGGGCAGACUCAGAACCAAGAAAACAGUGGUUUCAAGCUUUCCUGAAGAAAUGAUGUAUUCUUGGAAUGCCAUAAAUACCAAUUGAAUGGAGCUAUAAAGUAGCUCCAUGCUUAAUUACUGUCUUGUUUUAGGGACUGCUCAUUUGGAUUCUCCUGUCUCCAGGAAGGAGUAAAGUCGGUUUGCAUUCGAGGUGCUGGAGCCUCAUCUUCUCAAGGCUCUGUGGGGAGGGAGCGGAGAGGAGGCAGGGAAAGAAUGUCGCACAUGCUCUUGUACCGGCAGGUCAGUACCAACAGGUCACGAGGCUUCUGGAGCACCAGGCCAGAACUAAGCAAGUUUGUCAUUACUUGGGCUUCUGUAUUUUCUGUCUUUGCUCCCCAGACAGCAGUGGGAUCUCUGGCUUUUAGUGGGAAAGCACCAUUCCUCUCUUGACGGCAGAGAGCCACGGCACUGUCUCAUCAGGAGAGUGAUGGCUGGGUAGGUUUGUGGCAUUAUGCUCGCCAGCUUGAUAAUACGUAGGACACCCUUUGCAGUAUACUUGAUGUUUUCAGUCAUGCUUGUUUGUUUAGAGUAGGUUAGGAAAGAGCUUUUCUGAAUCAGAAAAAGUAGUGGGAACUCCCUCUCUUUGUUCAUGAGAAUUUCUUUUUUUUAGAGAUUUUUGCUAUAGGGCGUAUGUGCUCACUAGAAAGAGACAAAGAGACAGAAAGCAAGAAAUCACACACACACAC